GGACGAGGGGAGCACAGCAGGACAUAGACAGGGACAAGAGGGCGUGAGGGGGAAACACUGGAGCAACGACCAAAAUGGCCAGUAAAGUGAUGGACCUGAUCUACUGGAAGGACACAGAGCGAACAGGCAUGGUGUUGACAGGGCUGGUGGUGGGCCUGCUGACCCUGUUCCAGCUCAGCAUCAUCACCGUAUUCUCCACAGCCUCCCUGGCUGUCGUGUGCGUCACCAUCUCAAUGCGCAUCUACUACCACAUCCUCCACGCCCUCAAGUGGGGCGAUGGCGUUCACCCCUUCAAGUCGUACCUGGACCUGGACAUCAGUUUCAGUGGAGAACAGGCUGAACUCUAUAUGCAGAAAGCCAUUGUCAUGACGCUGUCGGCUGUUGACACUCUGAAGAGACUCGUUUUUGUGGGAAACCUUUUUGACUCCCUCAAGUUCCUGGUCCUGAUGUACCUCGUGACGUUCCUGGGAGCCCUGUGCAAUGGCCUUACUGUGUUCAUCAUCUGUGUGAUUGCUCUCUUUUCCCUGCCACUUUUCUACAGACAACGCCAGGAGCAAGUGGACAAGUUCUUCGCAAAUAUCCAGGCUAAAGUGGACAACAUCAAGGACAUCUUUGUAAGAAUUGCCCAAGGCGGUGGCCCUCCUCCCGACCCAACUCCUGGUGGCACCAAACCCAAUUUCCAGUAGACAUUAUGAACAAGAACUUUCAGACAAGCUCCCAGAGUUACAGGCUGUCACUCAGAUGUCUUACCCAGCAGUCUGUGCUCAGAGAACAGAGCUCCAGAGACUGGGGGAAGGGAUGUUACUUAAAAGGACGAUGACGAUGAGCAUGGUACUUUAUACUCUAACUGUAUUUAAGUCAUGGGGUUGUAGGUUGGGGUAGGGUUAAAAUGAAUCAAGGUGAAAUCAAGGUGAAUGAAUUCUGGAUGAGACUGUUGCUGCUGACGUCAGAGUCGACACAGCUCGUCCCGUGUGACCAUCUUUGGAAACACUCGUUUUUAAAAUGUAAAAAUGACUAAUAAGUGUCUUAGAUUGAGCUUUAGUCCAAAUGAGGUACUAAGACCAGAGGCAGGGAGUUCCCACACUGACGCCUGAGAAAAGGGACGUCAGUUUUCAAGGGUUGAGAUAAAAUAACAGGUCAUUAUUAUUCAUGGCAGCAUAGAACUGGCAAAUAAGAAUGCAUGUGUCGGCACAUGUACUUUUGUAGAUGCAUAUUCAUUCUCAUGACAGUUUAUCUGUGUGUAUGCAAGUAUGAAUGUGUUUGUGUGCGUGGAAUUCCUGAAAUACCGCUUGCUGAAAUAUUACCUACGAGCAAUUAAAGUCGCAUUUCUUCUUUA